AUGAAUUCCAAAAUUGUUUUGUCUUUCUUCGCUUUAAUGCUUGUUCAGGCAAUCUCUGGACAGUGCCUCAACAACCCAGCUUGGGCUCAACCAGCUUAUGGACAAGCUUGGGGACCUAUGGCUGCCCCAUGGAUCUCAGAAUCAUACAGCCCAGCCAUGCUUUCCGCAUCUAACGGCUGUGGUCUUUCCGUGUCCAGCUCUUCUCCCAUCGCCCCAGUUGGAGUUUCCAUGGCUUCAGAAAACGCUAUUGAAGGACCUUUAGCUGUUGCUGGUCAAAUACCGUUCUUGGGAGCUGUCCAGGUUGAUGGAGCCCUCCCAACUGCUGGAGCUGGUGCUAUCUCUUACGGCUCUGGUAAUGGCCAGGUUGCGAUAUUAGCUGAGGAUAUGGCAGGAAGUUAUGGAGCAGUUGCUCAAGGAUUUGCUGGUCCAUACAGAGGUCAAUGUGGAGCAUACUAUUAA